UUUUCUUAUGAGUUAGCCAACAACCAAGUCGCCAAAAUCUCUCGAUUCUCUCUAAUGAUAAACGAAAAUCGAGAAUCGAAUCACAGGUGGAAUACAGUGAGAAAGUUCACGCUCUUCACGCCCACAAUUAAUAUGUAAUCACCAUAGCAUCUCUUUGUUUAUCUGUACACACUAUGCACUCAAAUAUAUAUGUGUUUUCUAUUUCUCUGCAAUACUUGCUACAAAGUGAGAGACAGAAACUGGGCAUCCUUAAACUUCGCUGCUUUUAAGGUCUUUCUCGCCGCCUUUGUGUUUCGGCAGCUGCAGCAAAUUUUGAUGGUAGAGAUACUGUUCAACUGCAUUUAAGCGAGAUUACUUGUGGUUACGGAGAUUUUGUAGGUGGCUGCAUUAAAGGCCCCCUCCCCACUCUCCUUUUCUUUCACUGUUUCAGCCCUCGGUCAAUUCUUGGAAUGAAGAAACAUUAAAACAAUGCCUCUCGUUACUUUCUAGCUCUAGAGUGGCAUAUUCGUAUUCACUAAUCAAACUGGGAGUGUUUUUUUUUUUUUUUAUUAUAAUUUGAGAUCUGGAUUUAAGAGAGACUUGUCAAAAGAAGGAUCUGGGAAUUCUAGACUUCCGUUUUUCUGGGGAGGAGGAUAGAAGGGGGCGGGCGCUAGCUUGGUUCAUUCCUUUGUCUCAUUAACAGGGUCUUUUUGUGUUACAGAUUUGCUAGAAUUUGACAUCUUUUUUUUAGAGAAGUUCGAAAACAAUGUUGUCUCAGAAGCAAGCAGAAGAAGCUAUUGUCCCGAACUUUAAUGAGACAGAAAAUGACAGAAAAGAUGAAGAGGCAGUUGAAGAUCAGUCCAUGUUCAGCGUCAAGAGCUUCCUUUGGCAUGGUGGCUCCGCUUGGGAUGCUUGGUUCAGUUGCGCUUCAAAUCAAGUUGCUCAAGUACUGUUGACGCUACCAUACUCUUUCUCCCAACUGGGAAUGCUAUCUGGUAUCUUGCUUCAAGUAUUCUAUGGCCUAAUUGGAAGCUGGACAGCCUAUCUCAUUAGUGUUCUUUACAUUGAGUAUCGCAGCAGAAAGGAGAAAGAAGGUGUUAGCUUCAAGAACCAUGUCAUUCAGUGGUUUGAAGUGCUGGAUGGGUUACUGGGUCCUUACUGGAAAGCAGUGGGUUUAGCCUUCAACUGUACUUUUCUUCUUUUUGGAUCUGUUAUCCAACUUAUAGCCUGUGCAAGUAACAUAUACUACAUCAAUGAUCGAUUGGAUAAGAGGACAUGGACUUACAUAUUUGGAGCUUGUUGUGCAACCACUGUUUUCAUUCCCUCUUUUCACAACUACCGGAUUUGGUCUUUUCUUGGACUUGGGAUGACCACUUAUACGGCCUGGUACUUGACCAUAGCUGCCAUCGUUAAUGGCCAGGUUGAAGACGUGCAACACUCAGCUCCAAACAAGAUAGUUCUCUACUUCACUGGAGCCACCAAUAUACUAUACACCUUUGGUGGACAUGCUGUCACUGUGGAAAUAAUGCAUGCAAUGUGGAAACCCCAAAAGUUCAAGUAUAUUUACUUAUUCGCCACAUUAUAUGUUUUCACUCUAACUAUACCAUCGGCUUCAGCCGUUUAUUGGGCAUUCGGCGAUCAGCUUCUCAACCACUCCAAUGCCUUCUCCCUCCUCCCUAAGAACGGUUGGCGUGAUGCAGCCGUUAUCCUCAUGCUCAUUCACCAGUUUAUCACAUUCGGAUUUGCAUGUACACCGCUGUACUUUGUAUGGGAGAAAGUAAUAGGCAUCCAUGAAACAAGAAGUCUCUGUCUAAGGGCACUUGCAAGGCUGCCAGUGGUGAUACCAAUAUGGUUCUUAGCUAUUAUCUUCCCAUUCUUCGGCCCCAUUAACUCCGCAGUUGGGGCUCUUUUAGUUAGUUUCACCGUCUACAUAAUCCCGGCUCUCGCCCAUAUGCUCACCUACAGGAAAGCCAUCGCCCGUCAGAAUGCUGCUGAAAAGCCCCCAUCCUUCAUGCCAAGCUGGACGGCAAUGUACGCGAUCAACAUCUUCAUUGUGGCUUGGGUUUUUGUGAUUGGGUUCGGGUUUGGAGGAUGGGCGAGCGUGACCAAUUUCGUGAAACAAGUUGACACGUUUGGGCUUUUUGCUAAAUGUUAUCAGUGCAAGCCUCCAACACCUCUGCAUCCGAACUCAACUACGACUUCGCAUAAUUGAAGAAUACAUACUAGUAAACGUGGAAAAUUCACUCCCUUUCGCCCCCUCAACCCGUAUUUUGUAUUAUAAUUGUGUGCUUUUUUCCCUGGAUUUUCAUUAUUUAUUAAAUAUUAGAUGAAAUAGUGUGAUAAUUAAUUGUAAUUCAAAUAUAAGUUCUUGUUUUUUUCUCUUUCCAUUUUAAAGCUUGCAACGUUAUUAA